AUCGAGCCACCUUGCGUCUUGGCUUAUUUCAUUGGACUUGCCGGAUGACCUGACGUAGACGAGGCAUCUUCCUCUGAACGACCUGACAUUCGACGUCUUCCAGUCCUACGAUAACUGAAUCUUCCCAAUUACUAUCGACCUCGACUGGAGACUUUAGGAAUUGAUUGACCCCACUGAACAUCGUCGACCCCUACGCUCGCGCGCACUAUCAACGAUGCCGGCUACCGCGAUGCUAGAUCCACUGCUUCUCGGAGCGAUGCACACGGACAUGGAUACGAUCAUCAAAGCAGCAGUCGUAGGUCUGGCCGCAGAAGGCCUGAUCCUCGGCUGCGUACUCGUCCAGACGUCCAACUACUUUCGGCUAUUCCCGACCGAUCCUAGGGCUUACAAGGUGCUCGUCACGCUAGGGACUCUCAUGUGCUUAGCACAAUUCAUCCUCUCAACAGUCGCAUCCCUCAAACUCGUCGAGAACGCCUCGGAUUUCACCGGAUACUGGAUGACGGAUCUCAAGUUUCACAUGGUCAUCACGCUCUUCCUGUGUUUCUUCCGAGCUACCGCGGCGGUCUAUUUCAGUCGGAGGAUGUGGGGGUUGACGGGAAAGAGAAUCUAUAUCCUCGUCGGUCUAGUCGUCUUGAUCCUGGUCACCACAGCUUUCGGGAUCACCACGACUGUGUAUGGGUUUCAUCCACCGGAAUUCACCAGUAUAACCCACGGCCCGCGGCUUUUGCAGUGGUUUUCGAAGAUUGGAAAGUUUGCGAAAGCAUGGGCGAUCACUUGUCCCAUCUUGGACGUUGUCAUCUGCUUGACUACUGUGAUCCUGCUUCUGCGGUCCAAAUCCACCCUGGGAGGUUCGGAGAAGACGCUCAUGAAAAAGGUUGUCAUCCUUACCACCGAGACUAUGUUGCCACCAGCGAUCAUGUCGAUCGGGAUCUUACUUUUCUUCGAGAUCAACGGUAUCUUUGGUAGUUAUGAUCGGAGUUUGGUCUGGAUCAUCGGACCGACUUAUUACUUGACAAUUCUGCAUAGCUUGGUAGCUCGGCAACAGUUGGCAGCGAUCAUCUACCCUAUCUCGAUGGACAACAUCCUCCCCAACCGUCAUGCCUCAAGCAACCCCGACCUCUCCCGUAACAAUUCUACCCGAAGACUGAACACCUCUACCCAGUCAUCCACUCAGGGUCAGCUGGAGAUGGGUCAGAUGGCAGACUUGUCCUACGACAAUCGGAUGUCCGAUCAUACGUUCGGUAAGGCCCAAUCGGACGCUAGACAAUGGCAACAUGAACGACGAACCAGUUGGUACGAGGGCAGUCAGACUCCGGCCAAGGCUACCUCGAGCGAUUUCGACGAUUGGAAGGGAAUAUCCGGAUCGGAAAAGUCUUGGAAAGAGUCUGCUGGCGAUACGAGCGUGGAGGAUUCGCCACCUUUCGCAAGGGUUCAACAGCGCCCUUACAGAUACGUUUGAGAG